AUGGAGAUGGGAUUCAAUGGCAAGAUCAUACAGAUGAUUACCCAGCGCACAUCGCAUCUCACCAGUGAGGUGAAAGCGAAGGUUCGGCCGCUCGUUGAGAAUAUCUAUGGGUUUGAGUCCACCAAUCGGGAGUCCAUCAAGUGUAGGAAUCGCAAACGUGCCCGUCAGCUCAAGGAUAAAUUUGGCUUGUGUUACCGGGACCUCGGGGACAAAAAGAACAAUGUCCCUCACAGUGGCCUCUUCCGGUCGAGGUUAAAUCAGCAAGCGGCAAAUUUACUCUUGUACCGCAACAAGAAGGAUGAAGGAAUCGUUUUCAAGAAGUUUUUUUCGCCGUUUCCAAUGCCAGCCCUGGCCUUGGUGUACACCGCAGCUAAAUGCUGCAUUGAUGAAUGGUCUGACGGCGAAUGA